ACAUAAAUUUUCAUGAAAAUGUACCCUUUCCACCUUUACACAUCUGAGUUGGCAUCAGACGUGAACCAAAAAUUCUGUGUUGCCACGAGAGAUGUCAGACUGGUGAUGUUCAGACGAUUGUAGUUGCCCACAGUUCUUUAGGUUGGUGAUGGGAUUUUGUAAAUUGGAUAGGUUGUCUGUGACACUUUGAGCUGCUAAGGUCAGAGUGUGGCUUCCUCUAGUGGCAAAGGAUGGAGUCAUUCGUUUUAUGUCCAGCAUCUAUCUCAGUGACAGGUGAGUGUUCUAUAAACGAUUGUGGACUGAGUGCAGCAAGUAAGACACAAUUCUGUGUUCAAGAUAUCCCCCAACCAACAAGAAAUAUGUUGGAUAGUUACCGUACAGGGUUGACCAGAUUGAGGAAAGAGUAAGUGUGAAGAAGGGGCAUCUAACUCAGCAUUGCUCCUUAGAACAAAAAGCCGAAGGGGUCGAUCUCUUAGGAACAGAGCGUGGCGGGCUCGGAGCAGUGGCUCUCAGUUCAGUGUGUAUCACAGCCACCUGGCAGGCUUGUUGAACCGCUGCACCCAUCCUUAUAAUUUCUGACUCAGUAGGCCUGAGGUGGACCCAAGAAUGUGCAGUUUGAACAAUUUCCCAGGUGGAGCUGAUGGUGUUGAUUUCACAUUUUGAAAACCACUGGUUUAGAGAAUUACAAAUAGUGCUGGUGGCAGGAGGCAGGAAGCAGGGGAUGGGAGGCAACACUGAAGGCAGAAGCCUAAGGAGCAGGGACUCCAUUGUGGAGGUUGUGGGGAGCCAUUGGCAGGUUUUAGAGAGGACAGUGAUGGGCCCGCAUCUGCCUUUGGGAAAGAUCACUUUGGGUGCGGUGUGGAGGAUGGAGGACCAGGUUGAGGGCUAGAAAACCAAAUAAGUGGUUAAUUGUAGCCAUUCAGAUGAGAAAUGUAAGCUUGGAAUAACAGCGAGAGAAGGAAAGAUCCCUACAAUGCGGUGGCCAACUGGAAGUGGGUGGGGAAGAGAGGGAGGAGUCAAUGAGGACGUAGGAUUUCUGGCUGGGUGUGUGUGGGGAUUGUGUCCCUCAGCACAGGGAAAGAAGGGGGUCUGAAGUAGGGUCCAGAGAGAAGAGCAAAGGAGACAAAAAGUAAGCUUUUUGAAGAGGUCAUGUGAGUGGAAGUUGUCGAAUUGUCGAAGUGUUGGGAGCUCCAGUCUCUAAAGUCUUAGAAAAAACAAAGGAUUUAUACUUUGUCAAGGUGAACCAGAGUUCUUCAUUAUGUCUGAUGGAGACUAUGAUUACCUUAUCAAGUUUUUAGCUUUGGGAGACUCUGGAGUAGGAAAGACCAGUGUACUCUACCAGUACACAGAUGGUAAAUUUAACUCAAAAUUUAUCACAACAGUGGGCAUCGAUUUCAGGGAAAAGAGAGUGGUAUACAGAGCCAAUGGGCCGGAUGGAGCCACUGGCAGAGGCCAGAGAAUCCACCUGCAGUUAUGGGACACAGCAGGGCAGGAGAGGUUUCGGAGCUUGACAACAGCAUUCUUCAGAGAUGCUAUGGGGUUUCUUCUGCUUUUUGAUCUGACAAAUGAACAAAGUUUCCUCAAUGUCAGGAACUGGAUAAGCCAGCUACAAAUGCAUGCAUAUUGUGAAAACCCAGAUAUAGUGUUAUGUGGAAAUAAGAGUGAUCUGGAAGACCAAAGAGUAGUGAAAGAGGAGGAAGCCAGAGCACUUGCAGAGAAAUAUGGAAUCCCCUACUUUGAAACUAGCGCCGCCAGUGGGACGAACAUAAGCCAAGCAAUCGAGACGCUCCUGGACCUGAUAAUGAAGCGAAUGGAGCGGUGUGUGGACAAGUCCUGGAUUCCUGAAGGGGUGGUGCGGCCCAAUGGUCCCAGCUCUACAGAUCAGUUAAGUGAAGAAAAGCCGAAGGGGACAUGUGGCUGUUGAACAGUCAAGUGAGCUACACAGUAAUUUCAGUGGCCCGUGUCUGUAAUCUUCUCUGUGGGUGAUACAUGGCACAGAGAGAGAUGAACGGGCAUUGUGUACAAACUCCUUCUCACCGUCCCAUUUAGACCAAUCAAUAAAGCACCCAGUU